AUGCUUUCUCCCUUUGGGACUCUCCUCGUUAACCAACAUGAUGAGGAGGAGGACAAUUUCAACUGCUCAGAGCUCUCUGCACAAUACCCGAGCAAUGCCAAUACCUGUGAGCAGGAAGCUUCUGAAUGUGUAUCGCACAGGACACACACCUUAGACGGUGAUUUAGAGGAUAUGAUUGCUGAGGAGUUGCCACAUGGAUCUAUUUCUUCAGAGAUACAGAUUAAUGGUCGUAAAACCACAAAGCCUCAAGCAUUACGACAAAGAAUGAUGCAUUGCAUGAAUCGCUUGUCAACUGAUCAACUUAAAUGGGUUCAAGAACUAACAUGUUUUAAUCCUUUGGAAGCUAUGUCUCCCAUUGACACCAAGCAAAGUGAUUCCUCACCUUCGAUACACAUUGGCAAUCCUAUCACCGUCCUUGUGGAAUGUGAGAAAAAACUCUACCUCGCUGUUGCACACAUCAAUCAGCUACAUUUUGCUGGGAACGGGGAUUUGAUGACCCUCUGCACGCACCUUCUUGUUGACACCACGGCGAAAGUAAGCUUCCAAAUUCUUCACAUUGUCCCCACGACCAUCGAGGAUGAUCCAUCCAAAGAAUACGACUGGUGCUGGGCUUGGAACAUGGAAGCGACAUGUCAUGAUGUCCCUGGUGAAUUGAUCCAACCAAUUAACCCAGAAUUUGUUUACAAGGAUGGGAAGGCCAUGUACCUCUUGGAUUCCAACUUUCUCCUCACUGUCACAAUCAUUUCCCAUAUCGCCUAUUGGGGAAAGCCUGCUUCAUUGCAACGUGUAUUAGAGCAUAUGGGUGCUCACAUCUUAUAUGACUCUGCUAAUCUGCAAAAUCAAGAGCAUUUCAGCUGUUCCAUAGCAUCUGAAAGCAUGGAAAGCUCACCCUGCACAAAUUUCCCUACCAACUGCAGCCUUUGUCCACCAAAAUCUGCUGCAGUAUGGAUGUACUCACUUGACACUCACUUUUCUUGUGACAUGUGUUGCGCCAGAAAAGAUGACGAGUCGGGAUCAGAAGACAAGAGUGCGAUGAAUAGAGUCUGUGAAGGUGAAGAGAGUGGCAACAACAACGCUGUUGAGAAAUCUGGAAUGGGUGAAGAUGUUGAGUGCCCAACUGACAAGGCUGUCAGAAAACAAAUCAGGUCCAUCAUUCAUGAUCCCGAUUCUGAUGGCAACAAUCAUGACCCUUUACCUGUUGCCCAUUCUGCUGAAUCUGCUCUUGAGACCACGGAUGAUUGUGACCUAGAAAUCCACAUAAACCCCCAGGGGAUUGACAUUGGCUGUAAUCUCGACCCUGUGCCUGUUCCCCAGGCCAUUCUUCCAGAAGGCAACGAUAACAGCAGCCAGCGCACAUGUACAUGUGGUCAAAAACGACCAUGA